AUGUCAUUUACAAGUCGAUCUCAGAACAACAUCACUGUUGGAUUGCAAUACUUGGGAGUACUGGAACUUGUGUUGUUUUCCAUUCCAAUUACAGUGCCAUGCUGUGUGUUUCUCUUCAUUAAUGGGACCAUGUUGUUCACUUUGAGGAGUAAAUCUGUGUUUAGAGAGACCUCCCGUUACAUUCUUCUAUAUAACUUACUUUUUGCAGACACUGUACAGAUGGCACUAGCCCAGUUAAUGUAUCUUCUGUCUGCUUGUAGAGUAUGGCUGACUUAUCCUGUAUGUGGUGUUCUUGCCAUGUUUACUGUGCUCACAAAUGAUAUCUCUCCUCUCACACUGGGCUUGAUGUCUUUGGAGAGAUAUGUAGCUGUGUGCUACCCACUGAGGCACGCUACCAUCAUCACCAUCAGAAACACAGGGGUGGCCAUCAUUGUAGUUUGGGCAUUCAGUUCACUAAAUGUUCUCAUUCAAGUUAUUUUGCUGUUAGAUUUUCCAUUUGAAGAACUGGAGAGCCUGCAGAUGAAAGACCGUUGCUCUGACAUAGCUAUGUUUCUUGGUCCGAUGUCUGAUCAUUAUGACAAAGCCUACACUUCUUUCCUGUUUCUAUCAGCUGGUGUGACAAUAACUUGCUCCUUUAUCGGAGUGAUGAUAGCAGCCAGGUCGGCCUCCACAGACAAAGCUUCAGCCCAUAAGACUCGUAACACACUGCUGCUGCAUCUGGUGCAGCUGGGCCUCAGUCUCCUGUCAACUAUAAAUGACCCAUUGAUUAUUGCCAUCUCAAAAAACCUAGACAGAGUAUCAAUUUUGCGUAUCCAGAUUAUGCUUUAUGUGUGUAUUAUCCUUCUCCCAAGAUGUCUGAGUGCUCUAAUCUAUGGCAUCAGAGACCAGACCAUCAGACCCAUCCUCAUGUACCAUCUGUGCUGUCGAUUGAAACUGCCAAGACUGGGGUCUCAGCCUAGGUGA